AUGUUAUCCAACCACAAUGAAAUACUCUUCCACCAACACACUGCACAUAUAACAGUCAAAGGAACAACAACAGCUAGUACAGGCAAGACAGUAUUUCUCAACUCAUUGCUCAACAGAGACAAUAUAACAUCAUCAGAUCAAAUAGUACACGACCAAUUAUCUACUUCAAAGUUGUAUAUUUCAAAUCAACAUAUUGAUACUUUACAUUUGAAUUUUUAUAUAAAAAGAGAAGGAAUAGAUAAUACAAAGAUUAAUGAAUUCUCAAAAGAAUCAAAAGUACAUAUUAUUGUGUAUGAUGUAACUAAUAGAGAAUCAUAUGAAGGUGCAAAGUUGAUUGGUCAAACUAAUCUAAGUGGUGGAGGAAAUACAUUGACACUGAUUGCUAUUGGUAUGAAAUGUGACCUUAAAGAUAAAAGGGUUGUAUCAAGACUUGAAGGAAGGGCAUUGACUACAUCGACUAUUGGAUAUCACUCACAAUUUGAUAUCUCUGAUCGCACAUGUCCACCAGCCACUCGAGAUGCCAUCUUUCACCUCAUCAUUAAACUAUUCAACAAAGAUCGUCUUCAAACUAUCAACAACUACACCAAACUCAAUAUCAAUUGUAUAAAACGUCAUUCUUUAUCAACAAAUCCACCAUCAUCAAAACCAUCUUCUUCAUCUUCUUCUUCUUCAUCAGGAAUGAUACCUCAAUCAUUAUUUAAAAGAGUGUUUGGAUACAAAGUACUUGCCAAACAUAUCUUUAGGAUGGUUAGAAAGAUACAUAGAGAUUUGGGGUUACGAUCAGCUAGGUUGAGGAUGCCAGACCCACAAGUAUGGUUUUCAAGUCCACAAUUAAUACCGAUGGUGAGGUAUAGGAUUAAACAUGGGUACUCUCAGGUUGCAAUUAAAGAAAACUCAUUCGAGUUUAAAUCGUUCCUACAUACCAACAAAGACUUUGACUUGUUUAAGCAAUGUUAUCAAGAGGAUAUACAGAGAUUCAACAGUAUGUCGUUCUCGCUAAACUCAUCCAUCAAGAAUCACAACUUGGUCAUCAACGACGCAUGUAUUGGUGGUAGUGUAGAGAUUGUAGACUUUCUAAUCGAACAAGAACAUGAUGUCACCGAGCGAGGGUUUAUGUUGGCCGUUGCAUUUGGUCAUCAUAAUCUAGUCGCCUAUAUGGUUGAUAACUGUAGAAUUGUAGAUAGCAACCCUAUAGGUGUCAUACAAGAUGCACUCAUCAUUGCUAAACACUAUCGACACGAUGACUUGGUAUCCUACCUCGAGUCGAUACAAAGUGCGCAGUAUAUAGCCAACCAAUAUCAACCAUCACUACCACCACCACCAAAAUACCAACCAUCACCUUUAAAACAUCCUCGAUCAUUUUUAGAAAGAUUCCUACAAUUAUUUCAAAGAAAUCAUUCUUUUAUUACAUAUAAUUAUCAUUAA